GCGGACUGAGCGGCUGCUGUUUUCCGGAGAUGUUUCAAAUUUCCGAUCUAACAGCGUCAUACAUUCACAGCAAGCACAUCAACAGAUACAUAAAACAUUCGUUUUUCCUAAAGCCCACAGAAGUGGAGUUUGGAACGAUGGAGUGAUAUUGAAGUGAAGACGUGAUAGAAGAUGGACGACUACUGCUAUGCUAAGAUGGCGACGUCCGCUAAAAGAGAACAUGAAAGAGAAUCAACUUCCAGCAAAUCACCAACGGAGAUAAAGACGAAAGAUGAAGACAUCCAGCAGCUGAUUGGUCAUCCAGAAGAACUUCUCCCUCAGGCAGUGGUGAGCUCCACUUUGAAGCAGGAGACUCCACAACCACCCCACAUUAAAAAAGAAGAGGAGGAACUCUGGAUCACUCAGGAAGGAGAGUCUUUUUUUGAACCGGACAAGGCUGAUCUCACCAAGUUGCCACUGACUGUUCUCUCUGUGAAGACUGAAGAUGAUGAAGAGAAACCACAAGUAGACAACCUCUUAGCUCCACUAUCAGAUAGUGAAGGCGAAGACGAGGUUGAAGUGACUUUGAGCAGCCAUACAGACUCUGAAGGUGAUAGGACUGACUCUGACAACAAAGACUCAAAAUGUUCUAAAAAGAAGAGAGGUAAAAAAUGUUUAAACUGCUCAGUCUGUGCUAAGAACUUUUCUAAAAAGAGCGAUUUGACUCGACACAUGAGAACACACACAGGAGAAAAAACAUUUAAUUGUUCAAUGUGUUGUAAAAGCUUUUCUCAAAAGCACCAUUUGACUGAGCACAUGAGAACACACACAGGAGAAAAACCAUUUAACUGUUCAGUUUGUCAUAAAAGCUUUUCUCGAAAGAGCAGCGUGACUGAACACAUGAGAACACACACGGGAGAAAAAUCAGUGAGCUGUUCAGUUUGUGGUAAAAGCUUUCUUCUAAACAGACAAUUGGCUGAACACAUGAAUAGGCACACAGGAGUGAAGCCGUUUAAAUGCUCAAUUUGUGGUAAAAGCUUUGUUUCCAGAUUUGGUUUGACUCAACACAUAAAGAUACACAAUGGAAUAAAACCAUUUAUUUGUUCUGUGUGUGGCAAAAGCUAUUUUCAAAAGAGCAGUUUGAUUCCACACAUGAGAACACACACAGGAGAGAAACCGUUGAGAGACCAUAAUUGUUCAGUUUGUGGUAAAACCUUUACUCGUAAUGAAAGUUUGAUUGAACAUAUGAGAACACACACAGGAGAAAAGCCAUUCGAUUGCUCAGUUUGUGGUAAAAAGUUUUCUCAAAGAAGCACUUUGACGCAGCACAUGAGAACACAUACAGGAGAAAAACCAUUUAACUGUUCAGUCUGUGGCAAAAGCUUUUCUCAAAAUAUCAGUUUGAUUGAUCACAUAAGUACACACAGAGGAGAACAAACAUUAAAUUGUUCAGUUUGUGGUAAAGGUUUUACAAGAAAGAGCCAUUUAACUCAACACAUGAGGACACACACAGGAGGAAAAAUCCUUAAAUGUUCAGUUUGUGACAAAAGCUUUGUUUCUCGAGCAGUUUUGGCUCGACACAUGAGAACCCACACUGGACUGAAACCAUUUAGUUGUUCAGUUUGUGGCAAAAGCUUUUCUCAAACGAGCCAUUUGCCUCGACACAUGAGAACACACACUGGAGAAAAACCAUUCAUUUGUUCAGUUUGCGGCAAAAGUUUUUUUUCCCGACAAGAUUUGACUCGGCAUACAAUAAAAUUCACUGGAGAAAAGACAUUUAGUUGUUCAGUUUGCGGUAAAAGGUUUCAUCAUAAUGCCGACGCAUUAACGCACAUAAGAACGCACGCGGGAGAAGAACCAACGGUUGUUUAGUUUGGGGUAUGUUAUUCAUAUGUGGCGACAUCCACCUAAACCCAGGACCUCUUCAAGAUUAGUUCACUGUAUUUUUCAAUACAAAAAAUAUCCGAGGUUUUCAGGCGAGUUGGGAUUAGCACAAAAAUCCUCUUAUCUCCUCAUGACACCAUGUCUUCUGCAAAUCUGCAACUUUCCUGAAUACUUAGAUGAUACUUGUAGUACUUGCUUACUUCUUCAGAUGAUACAGACUUGAUGAUUCUAGCUGGGGAGGAAUUGUAGUCUUCUUCAGUGAUGCUUUGUCUGACUUGGAACACCAGCAACAUGAAUCAAUCUACCUAAAACUACACCUUUCAGGUCGCCUGGUGUACAUCUUUUUGUCUACAGACCACCAUCAGAUGAUGACUUGGCGUACGAUGUAAUAUCUGAGCUCAUUGACACUAUCCCAACACUCUACCCAAAGUCCUGAAGGACUGUUCUUGGGUAUCUGAAUGCCCAUCAUGAAGACUGGCUGGGUAGUAAAAAGACUGACACUCAUAGGGAAUGUGCUCUUGAGUUUGCUAUACUCAACAGUCCCUCCAACAAGUUGGAAAUUGCCUCAAACGCCAAAAUGACAAGUACAGGUCCUCUGACAGACCCUGGUUUAACAAUGAGUGCCAUUUAAUUUAACCAGAAAGCUUAUGGUUGGUGGCGUAAGGAUCAUAGAAAGGAUUGUUGGGCUUUGUACAUGAACUCAAAAUCUGAAUGCUAAGACGGGCUUGUCUACAGUUCUUGCAGCAGCUAGAGCAAAAACUCAAUUAUGUAAAUAUCAAGCAGUGGUGGAAACGUGUCGAAUAUGUAAGUGAUAGCAAUAAGACCUCUGCGGUUCCUCCAUUAGUAAAUAAAUGGACAGACUUUCAGUGAGACAAAAGUCAAGACGGAGCUUCUUAAAGGGGAACAUUAUCACCAGACCUAUGUAAGCGUCAAUAUAUACCUUGAUGUUGCAGAAAAAAGACCAUAUAUUUUUUUAACCGAUUUCCGAACUCUAAAUGGGUGAAUUUUGGCGAAUUAAACGCCUUUCUAAUAUUCGCUCUCGGAGCUUGUGACGUCACAUCGGGAAGCAAUCCGCCAUUUUCUCAAACACCGAGUCAAAUCAGCUCUGUUAUUUUCCGUUUUUUCGACUGUUUUCCGUACCUUGGCGACAUCAUGCCUCGUCGGUGUGUUGUCGGAGGGUGUAACAACACGAACAGGGACGGAUUCAAGUUGCACCAGUGGCCCAAAGAUGCGAAAGUGGCAUGAAAUUGGACGUUUGUUCCGCACACUUUACCGACGAAAGCUAUGCUACGACAGAGGUGGCAAGAAUGUGUGGAUAUCCUGCGACACUCAAAGCAGAUGCAUUUCCAACGAUAAAGUCAAAGAAAUCUGCCGCCAGACCCCCAUUGAAUCUGCCAUAGUGUGUGAGCAAUUCAGGGACAAAGGACCUCGGUAGCACAGCAAGCAAUGGCGGCAGUUUGUUCCCGCAGACGAGCGAGCUAAACCCUCUGGAUGUCUUGGCUCACACCGUCCCUUAAACUGGACAGAUCAGCUUUCAGGAAAAGAGCGCGGAUGAGGGUAUGUCUACAGAAUAUAUUAAUUGUUGAAAAUUGGGCUGUCUGCACUCUCAAAGUGCAUGUUGUUGCCAAAUGUAUUUCAUAUGCUGUAAACCUAGUUCAUAGUUGUUAGUUUCCUUUAAUGCCAAACAAACACAUACCAAUGGUUGGUUAGAAGGCGAUCGCCGAAUUCGUCCUCGCUUUCUCCCGUGUCGCUGGCUGUCGUGUCGUUUUCGUCGGUUUCGCUUGCAUACGGUUCAAACCGAUAUGGCUCAAUAGCUUCAGUUUCUUCUUCAAUUUCGUUUUCGCUACCUGCCUCCACACUACAACCAUCCGUUUCAAUACAUUCGUAAUCUGUUGAAUCGCUUAAGCCGCUGAAAUCCGAGCUAAUGUCGCUAUAGCUUGCUGUUCUUUCCGCCAUGUUUGUUUGUGUUGGCUUCACUAUGUGACGUCACAGGAAAAUGGACGAGUGUUUAUAACGAUGGUUCAAAUCAGGCACUUUGAAGCUUUUUUUUAGGGAUAUUGCGUGAUGGGUAAAAUUUUGAAAAAAACUUCGAAAAAUAUAAUAAGCCACUGGAAACUGAUUUUUAAUGGUUUUAACCAUUCUGAAAUUGUGAUAAUGUUCCCCUUUAAGACGUCUGCAGCUAAUGUUCAUCUUGAUGACAAUGGUAAGAAUCACCUGAAGUUGCAGCCCAAAACCAGCAAAGUUCUGUCAGCCACGAAAUGAUGUCCCAUGAAUUUUCUAGAAAAAUGUGCGUUGUCUUGACACUUGAAAGACUAAUGGCACUGGUGGGACCUCAGCAACUGUACUUAACAAUUGUGCGCUAGCGCUUGCCCCAGAGCCAUGUUUUUAUUUAUUGAGCGUUUAAAUAUGUUUAUUUUCCUCCCAUUUUAUGGAAUUUUUUUCAGUUUGUGUGAAGUCAUGUGGCUUCACUUCUGUUGUAUGUAGGCAAGUCUAUGUGUGGAUCUUCAUAUUUCCCUUCGCUGAAUAGUAGUUGUGUUUUAAUAUAUUGCUUUAUUCGCUUUUAUGAAAAAUUGUAAACAUUUGGGAUCUUACAUUUUUCUUUGUAUCCGAAGUACAUGUAAUAACUUUGUAUGAUCACAUCUCUUUUGUCUGAAAGUCUAGUGCGGCAAAGUCGUUGAUCUUGGAUGUAUAUUCCGCCAUAUUGGCAGCCACCUUCAUUCAUUCAGCCGAGCAUUAAAAAUGAAUUUGGCAUAUGACUGAAAAAAAGGUUUUUUUUGCUGAUAAGAGACGUCAGCAACAUGGACCUGCUCGAUCACGACGGCCUCCACUUCAUGUUGACACACACCGACAUGAGUCAGAGUACAAUAUCGCAGCUCUAGUAGUACACGCUAUUUUAUAGGUUGCACACGCUGAUUACCACGUGGCGAUUGCAUACCUGCCAACUACUCCGGUUUUCCCGUAAUUAGUACGGUUUUCAUCAACCUAUUCCGGGUUACGGUUGCAGUGAUAAAAAAUACGUUUUUUCAUUAAUUAAAAAAAAUUUUUUUUUUUAAAGUUUUAUUCAUGAAAUCGCGUAACAACAAUAACAAUCGACACUGCUUCCCGUAACUUCCUAUCGAGCCAUUCCGAAUGCCAUGCGCGAGGCUAUUUAUAGCACCGCUGCCAAGCACGAGGCACCAGUUGCCAUUGUUUCCAAACGAUCAUGGAAUCAGCCGGAGAAAAAUCGCAAACGAGUCUUAAACUGAAAAGAAAACUGCAGUCAUUCCGUG